CGCCUGUCUUGUGUUGUUGCAGGAUGCCUGGGCUCCCGACACUGCAUGACGCUGCUGCUGUUCCUGGGCAUGGCCAACGCCUACGUGAUGAGGACCAACAUGUCGGUGGCCAUCGUGGCCAUGGUGAACCACACGGCGCUGCCGCACGCCUCGUCGGAAGCCGUGGACAUGGAGGACUGUGGGGCCGGGGCCGGCCAGGCGAGCAAGAAGCACGACGCGGACUCCGACGGCGAGUUCGUCUGGAACACGUACACCCAGAGCUACAUCCUGAGUUCCUUCUUCUACGGCUACGUGGUGACGCAGAUUCCGUUUGGAGUCCUGGCCAAGCGGUACGGUGCCAAGUACUUCCUGGGCGUGGGCAUGCUCAUUAACUCCGUGUUCGGCCUCCUCGUGCCCGUCGCGGCGUACGCGGGGGUGGGUCCCCUCAUCGUCGUUCGCUUCAUCCAGGGACUUGGCGAGGGCCCCAUUGUUCCGUGUACCCAUGCACUCUUGGCGAAGUGGGUUCCACCAAAUGAGAGAAGUAGGAUGGGAGCCUUUGUCUAUGCUGGAGCUCAAUUUGGCACAGUUGUUUCAAUGCCACUGAGUGGUCUUCUUGCAGCCUAUGGAUUUGCUGGAGGGUGGCCUUCGAUUUUCUAUGUGUUUGGUAUUGUGGGCACUGUGUGGUCUCUCGUUUUCCUAUUUUAUGGCCAUGAGGACCCUGAAUCCCAUCCAACCAUAGAUCCUGCUGAACGGAAAUACAUUCUUACCUCAUUAUGGGGAUCUGCUGGAGUGUCGUCUCCACCAAUUCCUUGGGUGUCCAUUCUGAAAUCAAUGCCAUUUUGGGCAAUUUUAAUGGCACAUAUUGGUCAGAACUAUGGGUAUGAAACCCUCAUGACAGAGCUUCCGACAUUUAUGAAGCAAGUGCUUCAUUUUGACAUUAAACAGAAUGGCACAGCUUCUGCGUUACCAUAUCUAGCUAUGUGGAUUUUCUCCAUGUUGUUAAGUGUUGUGACAGACUGGAUGAUCUCAACAAGGAUAUCUCAUACUGCUGCUAGAAGAAUAGUUAAUUGCAUAGGUACCAUUCAAUGAGAUUCAUUAUUUUAUAAUC